AUGAGCAGCAAGGAAUAUUUCAAGCGUGUACGCUCUGGCUACUGGGUCCGGGGAUGCCCUAGAGAAGAACAAACUCCAAGGCAAAGAACGAGAGGCCGUGGCAGUUCCGCCACUCCAUCUGACAUCUGUUACCGCUGCGGUGAAUCUGGUCAUUACGCUAACAACUGUGAUCUAAAUGAGGACAUCUGUUAUAACUGUGGGAGAAGUGGCCACAUCGCCAAAGACUGUGUUGACAAGCCUAAGCGCUCAAGAGAGCAGUGCUGUUACAUUUGUGGCAGAUCAGGCCAUCUGGCUCGUGAUUGUGACCACCAGGAAGAACAGAAGUGCUACUCUUGUGGUGAAUAUGGUCACAUUCAGAAAGACUGCACCCAAAUCAAGUGCUACCGUUGUGGCAAGACUGGCCAUAUAGCCAUAAACUGUAUCAAGAAAAUGGAGGUCAACUGCUACAACUGUGGAAAGUCCGGGCAUUUAGCCCGGGAUUGCCCCGUUGAAGAUACCGCUUAA